CCUGCAGGGGGCGCUCCAAGGGGCCGCGCGCCCGGCUGCCGUCGGGGCGCCCCGGCCCUUCUGUCCCCGAGACUUCUACUUGCACAGCUCUGCGUUCCUGCGGCUCGGGUCCCAGAAGAGGCCACCGGCUAUCGCCUCGCAGGCCGGCACCUCCAGGCCCGCGGUGCUGCUGCAGCCGUCUCGGUCCCCGGGCAGGCCAAGAGGGCGCCCUCCGCGGAGCCCGUGGCCGGUCAGGUGGGCGCCGGACGAGGCCCGCGGGCGCAGCAUGAGCCAGGACGGCGUGCCUGGGCCGGGGGGCGCCAGGGCCAGAGGCCGGAGGGCCAGCUCCAUCUCCAGCCAGGACAGCGAGCGGGAGGCAGGCGCCGGGCGGAGGGUGAGGAUCCGCGGUGGCCGGGCGUCCGCAGGCCCCGGCGCCGUCGCUCACCUCCGGGCCCGGGCCUCUUCCCGAGCUGCGAGGCACGACAGCGGCGCGCCAGCGGACGCCCGGCCGGCUGCACUGCGCACGCGCACCGCCCCCAGGUCCAUCCAGGAGAUCAUCACCUCGCUGCAGUCCGAGGACCAGCUGGCCUCCGACCAGACCAUCAAAGAGCUCAUAGAGAGCGUCCUGGGCGAGAACUACGACAUUAGGAUGGAGGAGGAAUAUUAUUUUAUGAGGACUUGGUUUUCUUAAUCCAUUGCAAAGUGUGCUG